AUGGAUGCUGCGGAACAGGACCUCGAUGUCAAACUAUACAAGGCAUCAGGCACUCUCCUGCAGGAGCUAGGACACAAACUGCCGCUGCUGGUCAACACCCCCAAGAAAACACGGCGUUUGCGUGUGAUUGACUCAAAAUGCGAGGAAUUAAGGCUGCUUCUCGACCGCUUCCAAGAAUGGCCUCAACUCCUCGACCCCGAGUUGUCAAACCACAUUCAGCUUCUUAGCGAGGCCUUCGUUGGCUCUAUCACAACGUCCGGCGAUCACUAUGCACAGUCCUCCAGGCAUGGCAUAGCCACUGUGUCCCCAUUGCCACGGGCAAUAUGUCGUCUGCUCUAUUCAUUCUGCAAGGUCAGAGGCUACAAGGUCAUUGUACGCCUCUUGAACAACGAGCCCAGAUUCCUGGCCCCUAUGCUGUCAACCUUCAAAACCUGGAACGCUUCGUCUCUGGGAAUGGUCUGGGAGGAGCGCUACAUCAUGAUGCUGUGGCUAUCUCACUUGAUGCUUGCUCCUUUCGAACUUGCGAACAUGUCAAUCUCCAACAACCACCCGCUUGACCCGGUCUUGUCUGAGGCUCUUGGGAAUCUUCCAGGCAUUGCAGGUGAUAUUACAUCGGUAGCAUUUCCACAGCUGGAGAGUUCGGGCAAAGAGCGUGAAGCGGCCAGUAUCCUCCUUGUGCGGUUGUGUCUGCGCAAAGAUAUGCAGGCGCACGAUCUGCAUCUGAAACUCAUGCACUAUGCUACACAGAGGCUGCUUUCCGACGCGGACUUGGUGGUCCGCAGUCCUUACACGGCGCUGGGACUCUUGUCGCUAAUAUAUAGCAUCACCAAUUCUGGCUCAGACACCGAAGUUGCUCCGUAUCUUGAACAGCUAUUUGGAGCAGUCCUGAAGAUCGCUACCGACCCAGGGACCCAAUAUGUCGCUAUUCGAGAUUCUGCUCCUGCCAGGAAAUUGAUUGUAAAGAUCUUGAGAGUCACCCUCACUCACGCGAUGUCGCUAGAUUCCAGCAAUUUCGUCAUUCCCGAAGCACAGUUGAACAUGAUGCUUGAAGAGAGUAUCCAGUAUUUCCUCGACGCGCUCAGCGACAAGGAAACACCGGUCAGAAUGUCUGCAGCAAAGGCGCUCAGCGUAGUCUCUCUCAAGCUUGAUGCUGACAUGUCCGCGGAAGUCAUUGAAGCAGUCCUUGCAUGUCUUCAAGAACACGUUCUACUGGAAGACCGCCACAGCCAUCAACUCGUUCCCAUCACGGAUAAGGCCCGAUCAGAGGUGGGUGAGAUGAGAAAAAACAUAUCUGCGGUAGAUCCACUGCGUUGGCAUGGGUUGAUGUUGACUCUGGCUCAUCUCUUGUUUCGCCGUGCGCCGCCGCCUUACUUGCUCGCAGAAAUCAUUCAGGCACUGAUACUGGGAUUGGAAUUCGAGCAGCGAUCGAAUGUGGGGACUUCUGUUGGUGUUGGUGUUCGCGACGCCGCCUGCUUCGGCCUGUGGGCAGUGGCUCGAAAAUAUAGCACCGAAGAGCUGAGCCUCGUGCAUGUCUCGGAGUUCGUCGAAGCAAAGCAUCCCGAAUUCGCAGAAUGCAACAGUGUUUUACAGAUGAUAGCUGCCAAGAUGGUCAUCUCGGCAUGCCUGGAUCCCUCAGGCAAUAUUCGACGAGCUUCGUCCGCGGCGCUCCAAGAGCUCAUAGGACGGCAUCCGGACACGAUCCUCAACGGGAUAUCUCUGGUACAAAUCGUCGACUACCAUGCAGUGGCACGGCUGUCUCGAGCCAUGAUCGAAGUUGCUCCCGAAGCAGCUGCUCUCCACACCAUGUACCACAAAACUCUCUUGUCAGCGCUCCUGGAAUGGCGAGGUGCGCGGGCCACAGACGUGAACCAGCGGCGAUGGGCUGCCUCUUCUACCCGGCUCCUAACGAAGACCAUUCCUUUGUCAGAGGCGUUAUCUCUCAUUCCACUCAUUCUUCGCCAGCUUCUUGAUCUGAAGCCAACGAAUAUCGGAAGCGCAGCUGGCUCGAGACACGGCUUGCUUUUAGCUCUAGCCGCAGCAGUGGAGUCUGUCACUGAGAAAGAGCCAGAAUCAGCUGCAUCAUGGAUGCUUGACCACAGCAACUCGCUCUUCCGCCUGGAAAGACUCACAGGUAAAAUGGAUGGCCGGGUAUCGGCUGAUCUGGAGCUUGUAAUGGAAGCGAUUUGUGCCCUGAUAGGCAUCACAUGCAAAUGCCUCUCGGCUUCAGAGGCAGAUCGCUCCAAGGAGCGGCAAGAGUGGGUGUCACCCGCUUCUUUGUUGCUUGAUCGUUGUACAGUGGCAGGCUCAAGAGAUACAGUGGUUCAAGCUAGCGCCGACGCAAACGUGGAACUCUUCGAGCUGAUGUUGCCCGAGUCAGCGGUCGCAAUGGUCGAAAACUGGCUCGAUGCCAGCCAGCAAGCGCCCUCGGCCUUGACGAGCAAAGGUCGUAUCAGGACUCUGAGCUUGAUUUACGGCCAUCUUGCUCAGCAAGACCCACGCGUCGAGCUCCGCCAGAAGAUUCUUGCAUACAUCAUCAGUCUCGUCAGUGGAAGCUACAAGAUAGAGACCAGAGUGGAUGCCAUGGAAGCCCUUGGUGUUAUCUUGCGGGACAUGGAGACAUCAGGGUCUGACCAAGUGGAUGCCACCAGCAUAGCAGAUGCCCUCUACCGCGGACUGACUGACUAUACCAACGACCAGAGGGGAGACAUCGGCUCGCUCCUCCGAAUCCAGAGUCUCGAGGCGGUAGACGCCUUACGCGCGAACAAAGCAGCUCUUCACAUCAUGGAUGGCCUGUUAGACACGGUUAUGCCGGUGAUUGUGAAAUUGGCAGCGGAAAAGCUGGACAAUGUGCGGUUUCGAGCAUGGAGAUGUUUGGAGAGCUAUUGGCACACACGUGCAGGCAUGCCAGACCUAAAGAAUACCUUUCCGCAUCCUGAAGAUAUAUCUACGAUCCCAUAUUUUCAACAGCUUCUGGAACUGCUCACCCUGGAUUGGUCACGCAAGCCUGUCAUCAUGGGCAUCAUCUCUUCGGCGACCUCAGGCACAGAAUCUAUCUGUCGCGCCACCAGCAACGCGAUAGUCUGGUACCUGCAGUCUCUGGAAACUGACGAACGUGACAAUCUUAGGACGCCAAUUUCAUCCAUCAUCCUGGAGCAGCUCGCUGCUCCAUUAGACGACCGUCACGUAGUGCCUCUGCUUGGGGUUUUCUGCUUCAUGAUGGAUCAAGGUCUCUUCUCGUCCCAGCUAAUCACAGACCCGGAGAACAAUGCGCAGGAUAUAUGGACCAUCAUGCACAAACUGCACGGCCCCUCGUCCAGUCUUCACAGGAUCGAGGCCUCCUUGAAUCUCUACUCAAGGCUCAUCACGACCGAAAAGUUUCGAGCCAGGGCGUUGGACAAACUAACGCGCCAAUUGCUCCAUCGGUGGCCAAAGGUUCGCAAUACUGCUGCUGACCUUCUGUAUGUGGAAGCCCCCAGUCGAACCCUCGCUUCGUGUGACUGGAGUAGCCCCGUCACCAAGACGAAACCCGUAGUCCUCGAGCUUCGAAAGGAACUCGGCGUGGCGGGAAUGAACGCCGCAAAGACAUGA